AUGAAUUUAUUAAAUGAGGUCAAUGCUUUUAUUAAAACAUCACAAUAUCUCAAAGCCUUGAAAUUACUUAUAAGAUAUGAAUAUCAGGAUUCCUCAGAAAUCUGUAUUAAAAUUCUUAGAAGAUACUCUUAUGUUUGUAAUAAGUUACUUUUCAAAUAUUUAAUGAAAUAUGAUAAAAAAUCACAUAAAGUUAAGCCCAUCCUUUACAGAGCUUUCGAUGCACUUUAUAUGUGGAGCCAUUAUUUAUAAAAAGAAGAAACUAUUCACAAAGUCUUUACUCCAAAACGUCUAAGUUGCAUGUCUCCUCAAGCAUCUUAAAAAAUAAUUAAUCAAAGGACUAAAGUUAAUAGGAAAUGGCUCUUUUAAUAAAAGCGAUUAUUCCUGCAAUCCCUUUAAAACACAUUAAAAUACCAUUAUUUUUACCUAAAAUUAAGAAAAGAAACUACUUUUGCUUUACUAAUCUUAAAAAAAUUUAUAGUUGUUAGUUAUUUUAGUGAUUGCAAUUUUUAACUUCAUCAAAAGUCUAUUGAUAAUAGAUAAGAAAUGCUAAUGAUUAUUGGAUCAGCCUACUUUGAAAUUAAUUCUAUGGCAUAAACUAUCAAUCAUUUGUAUUUGUCAAUAAUAUUAGGAAUAGAAAAAACAAUCAUUCCCUUUUUUUACCUUAAAGAAUAAUUAAGAAUGUCAUAAUCAGAUUAUCAAUUUUAAAAGUAGAUUACAAAAACCACUUCUAUGUUAGUUUCCUCAAUUUCUUUAUUAGCUUCAGCUCAUGAAAUUAAAGGAGAAAUAUAAGAAAUGUAAACUUGUUUAUCAUUUUCUAAAUUUAUGUGCAAUAUUUUGAUUUUCUUUGAAAAAUGCACAGAUUUAUAAAAAGUUAUUGAAUAAAAUGAUAAGCUUAAAAAAGAAGCUUAUUCUCUUUAUUUAUUAGAAAAUGGCGAACUUAUUAGAUUUUCUAAAUUUCUUACAGAUUAUUAAAGUCAAAAAAGCAAUAUCAGUUUCACUCCAAGAACUUUAUAUGAAGAAUUACUUGAAAAACAUUAAAAAAUUGAUUAACCUUCAUUAAUAUUUACUAAUCAUCAUUAAGUUGAAAAUGAAGUCGUCAAUCAUUUUCAUAAGAAAACUAAUAGUGAAUUAACUGAAACAACUUUAGCAUCUGGAAGACCUAGCAAAUGUGGAACUGAAAUUUAGUUUUUUAACGAUUCUCUAGGUUUAACUAGUAUUUCUAUUUAAUAACCAUCAGAAUUUUAAAAAUUCAGAAGAUUUUAAAAGGUACAAAAAUACAAAAAAACUGGUAACAAUUUUUUAGCAAAAUUACUUUAAUUAAGUGAACAUAAUAAACAUCAAGAAUAUAAAUUUUAAUCUUAGUAAAUAAAAAGAGAAAGUUCAUUCAAUACUUUAGAAUAAGAAAUUAAUAAGAUAAUUGAUAGAAGGCUUCCAAGAAAUCAUAUUCCUUUUGAAUAAUCCUAAUUUUAAUGCAAUAAAUUAAUCAAGUAAGAAUCUGAAUAGAGAAAAGAAUUUCCAUUUGCUUAUGAUAUGUUAAAAUUCAAAUAGGAUUUUUCGAGUGGCUUAUGUAUUCUUGAAGAGAAUAUUUAAGAAGUAAAUAUUAUUUUUAAUUAGUUUAAUAAACAUUUUGAAUUUAAUGUUUUAAUGUACUUUGACUAUUUAACUUAGAGUAAGGAGAGUGCUAUGAGUAAUUUGAAAUACAAUUAAAAUUUCUCAAAACUAAGAUUAGCUGAAUAAAAAUUGAUAUAAUCUAGAAAUUUAGUUUUAAAAAAGUAAGUUGAAUCUAUCUAGCAGGAAAAGGAGGAAGAAAAAAAGAAAGAUACAGAAAAUGAAACAUAAGCUAAUCUAUUAUUUGAAACAGUAUAAAAAAGAAAAACUAUGCUUUUUAACAUAUUAGGUACUAAUGAUACACCAAUAAAAACUCCUUAAAUAAAUGAAAGUCAAGCUUAAAAAUUAGAAAAAAAUGUUUUUAAAUUCUCUUCAACAAAUACAACACCAAAGAAUAACUCCCUAUCAGAAUAAAUAAGAUAAUUUAGUGCUUAAAGAGAAAAAUAAAUUUAAUAAUAAUAUUUUACUAAAGCUUAAACAACAAUUAAAGCUCAGCUAUUAGAAAGUGAAUUUUUAAUUGAAUAAAAAUAAAAUGCAAAACAUAUUUCGGAACCUCCAGAAUUAUUAUUAACAAAAUUAGGUAAUAAUGAUGAUUUGGCAAAUUCGAUAAAACAUUUGAAAGCAACAGGAUUUUAAAAGAUCUUAUUAAAAAAAAGAAAGACGACCAAGCUGGCUUCUACAAAGCUAUGA